CAUCGGAGAAAACUGGAGUGGAAGGCACUGGAGAGGAGUCUGUCCUCAACCACACCUCAAAGAACCUUUCCAUGCCACGCCCCAGCAUAUGAAUCUGAUGGCACAAUGUCGCUUCAGUCUUUUCUUGUUGGCAUUUUUCUGUUUUUUCGGAGUCCUCAACGCGAGCCCUGGUGACUCCGAUCCGAUUUACAAGACUUGUGUUGAGCAAUGUGAGAAGACUGGAUGUGUGGGGAACAAAUGCUUUCAACACUGCAAUUUUUCCUCUGAUGGAAACCCCAUUGAUGGCCCAUGGUAUCUGCAGGAGCCACUUUAUAUGCGGUGGAAACAAUGGGACUGCCGCAGUGACUGUCGAUAUGAAUGUAUGCUUUCUAGGGAAGAAGAAAGGCGGAAACUUGGCAACAAGCCUACUAAGUAUCAUGGGAGGUGGCCACUCCGACGUAUCUAUGGAAUCCAGGAACCAGUUUCUGUGGCUCUCUCUGCCCUUAAUCUUGCUGUGCAAUUCCAUGGAUGGGUAUCCUUUUUUAUCCUUGUAAAUUACAAGCUGCCUUUUAGGCCAAAUAAGUCCACAUUCUAUGAAUACACUGGCAUGUGGCAUUUAUAUGCAAUCUUCGCAAUGAAUACCUGGUUCUGGAGUGCUGUCUUCCACAGUCAAGACGUAGAAUUGACGGAGAAGUUAGACUACUCAUCUGGUGUGGCAUUGCUUGGAUAUUCCCUCAUUUUAGCUACAAUUAGAGCUUUCAAUGUGAGGCUGGAGGCUGCAAGGGUAAUGGUUGCGGCUCCCAUAAUUGCGUUCACGACAACCCAUAUCUUGUAUUUGAACUUUUAUCAAUUCGAUUAUGGCUUGAACAUGAUAGUAUGUACAAUAAUGGGUGCAUUGCAGCUUAUCCUGUGGGCAGUCUGGGCUGGUGUUACUCGACAUCCAUCCUGUUUUAAACUGUGGGUCGUGGUUUCUGGAGGAGCCGCUUCCAUGCUCUUAGAUAUAUAUGACUUCCCUCCAUACUGGGGUCUUGUUGAUGCUCAUGUUCUUUCCCUUGCAACCACGAUACCUCUCACUUAUCUAUGGUGGAGUUUUGCCCGGGAUGAUAGUGAAUUCAGAACAUCAAUGCUCAUCAAGAAGACAAAGUAACGUCUCAUUCUCUAUCUGGAGAAUGUGAUUGUAUCAACUUAUUUGUUGGUUUCUCUUGUAUUUGUCUACUUUUUUCUCGCUCUGAUGCAUUUCCUUGAAAUGCUUAUCGAUGCGGGUUUCUUUGUUUCUAGUCUGAGUAGGUUUAGAUUGGACACGUGCUUGUUUCAGCUUUCUUUAUUAGUCAUGUUUUUGACAUUAAAAGUUCCGAGUACCUGUCGUAAUAGCAAAUAUUUUGAUUUGGGGGGCAAUCUUUAGCACUUUCAAAGCUUGGCCUAUUUUCUUACAUU